AUGGGGGGCUCGGAGAUGCCAAACGGACUGAACGUCAACGGCUACGGUCACAACUACGACUACCCACCAUCGCAUGUUGAUGGACCCUACAGAACCCUGGAUCAAUAUCAUUCCAAGCCAGCCAAGCUGCGAGUGGCAUGUGUUGGCGCGGGUGCAUCAGGGCUGUGUCUAGCCUACAAGAUGGAGAAGAUGCUGGAGCCUGGAUCCUGGGAGCUGACGUUGUUUGAGAAGAACGCACAGUUUGGCGGAACAUGGUACGAGAACACCUAUCCCGGCGUCGCAUGCGAUAUUCCAUCGCAUGACUACAACUUCACCUGGGACCCGAAACCCGACUGGUCGACUUUCUUCGCAGCAGGGAAGGAGAUCCAGGGGUAUUUCGAGAACUUCGCCGAGAGACAUGGAAGCAAGAAGUACAUGCAGUUGAACAGCAGGAUCGAGCAAGCCAACUGGAACGAUGAGGAUGGGUGCUACAGCCUUACCAUCAGGAAUCCCAAGACUGGCUCGAUGAGGAAAGAUUGGGCGCACGUCUUGGUGAACGGUUCAGGCAUUCUGAACAACUGGAAAUGGCCAGACAUUGAAGGUCUUCACGACUUCAAGGGUCCCGUCCUCCACUCCGCGUGCUGGGAUCACAGCGUCGACUUCACAAACAUCAACGCCGCCGUCAUCGGCGUUGGUUCGACCAGCGUCCAAAUCGUACCAUCCCUUCAAAAGGUCGUCAAGGGGUUGGAAGUAUACAUGCGGAGUCCGACAUGGAUAUCGCCUCCGUUCGGCGCCGGCGCACUGAACGACGACCUCCAGAAGGGGCAAGAUGUCGACCCUGGACAACGGCAGUACACUUUCACCGAAGCCGACAUCAAGAAAUUCAAGGAAGACCCGGAGUAUCACUUGGAGUUCCGGAAGAAGAUCGAAGCAGAGAUCAACAGCUUGUUCGGGAUGUACCAGCAGAACUCAGAACUCCAGAACCAGUUCAAAGAUGUUAUCACCAAAGAGAUGCACCGCCGUAUGGGGCCUGGCCACGAGAAGCUAAAAGAGUUCAUAAUCCCCAAGUGGUCCGUUGGCUGCCGGCGCAUCUCGCCCGGAGACGGCUUCCUGGAGGCUUUAGUGCAAGACAACGUAACUCCAGUCUUCGACGGCAUCGAACGAGUAGUUCCGGAAGGUAUUAAGACUAAGGACGGUAAGAUCCACAAACUCGACGCCAUUGUCUGCGCCACUGGCUUCCAGGUCGCAUUCCAACCCGCCUUCACGGUUCGCAACGGCUCCAACGUAUCCAUCAAAGAAGACUGGACCACCGGCCCGAACCUCUACAUGGGUGUAUCCGCUCCUCGAUUCCCGAACUUCUACACUAUUGUCGGACCUGGCGCGACAUGGAGUAACGGCACGCUCUUACCAUCGAUCGAGACAACUGUAGAGUAUAGCAUCAAGUGCAUGAAGAAGAUGCAGAGCGAAGGCAUCAAAGCUAUGAGCGUGAAGCAGGACGCCCUAGAUGAGAUCUACGCGCAUUUUGAUGAGUUCCACAAGACGACAGUGUGGCAAGAAGAGUGCCGGAGUUGGUUCAAGAACGGACAGAUCAAGAACAGGAUCUAUCUGUGGCCUGGUGCCACGAUACACUUCCUCAAAACCAUCAAGACACCGCGCUGGGAAGACUACGACUAUGUAUACAGAUACAAGAACCGGUUCGCUUUCUUAGGCAACGGCGAUGUGAAGGCGACGGCAAUGAAGGAUAUGCAUGGCUUGAGCCCCUAUAUUCGCAACUGGGACCACGAAUGGGACGUUGACUAA